CGAUCAAGAUGGCGGUUGUGUGUCGAAGGAAGUGAUAAACUACAGGAAUUUGAACUGCAAUGUGACGUUGUUAAGUUCAUUUCUCGAGUUCCAAAGAUGCGUAUCACUUACCAGGAAGCAUCCGUAUUUGAAAUUUUACAGGUCAACGUUUCUUGUGGAACAUAACAUCGCAAAAUCUCGUUUGGAGGUUAAAACAAUUCGAAUCGAACGUGACUUGAGUUGGAUAUGCAAUGGCUUCUGUCUGUUGCGCGUCCUGUAGGAAAUCACGACUCCAAGCGUGCCUCUUUCUGUUUUAUUUAUUCGUGGUUUUAGGUUGGUGUGGUUCUUUCUUCACUGCGAACGUAAACUCGUUGGGAAAUUACCGCCGCUUCUAAUAGAAAUUUACGUUUUUUGUAGGAAUUGUGGCCUCGAAUAAGAGCAACUUUAGAAAGUGCACUAGAGGUGGUCGCGAAUGGAAUAGUGCAACUCUUCGAGAUGGGGCACUUGCUGGAGACUUUUCAAUUCUCAAACGUACUACAAGCAUGACCACUUGCAAAGAGUUGUGUUGUGCAAACGAUUCGUGUGAAUUGGCCUUGCUUGUCAACGGUGGUUGCUUUUCCGUCCAAUGCAAGUCCGCCGAAGCGUGCAUGCCUCAGAGUGUGAAGCGUGAUGGAGUUGUGGCUCCUAGAAUAUUCGUGCGGAACAUCGGUAGGGAAGCUAAUUAUUUUUUUCAUAUUAGCCAAAGGUUUCUAGCUUUAUAUAUCAGAAGUAAUCUCGUCUUGUUUCACAAGAAUCAAGAGUAUUUUGGCUGGGCUCUGCAACGUACAAAUCAUGGAUUUGUCAGUUUUCCGUGUGCGUUCCUAAUGUGAAUUCUUACGUACCAUUUUAGUCAAUACUCAUGGCAAUCGGGUAUUUUAAUCACAGAAUGAGAGUAUUUUGGUUGUAUUUUAAAUUCCGGGCAAGAUUUAUGCGAUCAAAAAUUCAAAAGUUAGUCCUUUUGUUUCGAUCAGCUGUAAGCGCCGUUCACAUUGUUCGAUAGCUCUCGGUACCUGCACUGAAGAUCGUUUGCCGUCAUUGCACAAAGCCCUGUGCAGUUACGAAUAAACGAUCUUGUAUCCGAGUGUUUAAAUAACUUGUCACUUUUUUAAUCUAUUGCUCGCCUCUCUGAAAUUUAUCAACAGCUGAAUAAACGAAAACGGACUUAACGCCUGUUAAGUAAGAAAGUAAAGGCUUGAAAGACCUUUGAUGAGCAAGAGAAUGAAUUAUUUAUUUCUUUUAUUAUUUUCAUUUUUGUUUUAGUUUUCCUGAGGCUACCUUCUGGUUCUUCAUUUUAUUUAAAAGUGCAAUUAUCAAAUCUAUAAUCUUGCCAGUUGCUAAAAAAUAUUUUCUGAACAGUAAAUUAGGUAUAAGUUUAAGCAUGUUUCAAUCCAAAAUGCAGAGUAUCGUAUCUGAUGAGCGAGGCUCUAAUUUGAGGGAAAAAGGUUGUUGAUGACUUAGCUAUUAACCUAAUGAUUGUUAUCACUGGGAGAAGUCUGAGACGUUGCUUGUCUCUUAACUGCAAACACUCAUCCCCAUUACAGUAGUUCUAAGCAAUUAGGAGUGCCUAGAGUAUGGUCAUUCCUUUACGUGAAAACAAAAUCAACAGAAUUGGAAGAAAAUGAACUGUUUCUGCUUUAAACCUGGUUGCCAAGGAUUCAGUGAAAGCUGGAUUGUUUGAGUCAUAAGUCAUUAGAUGGCUUUAACCUGGUAACUCCCAACAUCUGAUUGUCAAUUCUCUCCUUUAGCUGCGACACAUUUCCUUGUAAAUUUGUUAUGAGAAUUUGGUGUUAGAUCAAGAAUGACAACUUCUACUUGUGAAUUUGUAAGGAUUCAUGUGUAUUUCUUCUGCAACUAACAAGGAACCAAAUUGACCUUGGAUAAGGAACUUACUCAUCUUUAUGAGUUUGGAACAAAAUGUAUUUCUGGAUCAUGCUCAUUACAAGAUGAGCAAAAUGCAUUCUCUUUCCAAUUGUUUUUACUCAAAAAUGGCUUGGUCCUGACUUAUGGAUCAGAUAAUGCUCUUCUGCUCUUGAACAUAUUGCUUUUGCAAUCAAAGCUACUGCUGUGUUCAUGAUUUGUGUAAGAAAUGUCGAGAUUGGGAGUAUGCCCAGUGAAAAAUUCUUGUGCAGGAAAGUGGAGUGUCCAAACAGUUUUUUUUUUUAAAUAAAAAGUUUCAAGUUGUAUAGAUGUGAACUAUCAAAUAACAUGUAAUUUAGUGUUAACAACUGGGUUGAAAAUGUAAAUUAGCCAUCGUGAAGGGAAAAAAAGGUGACGUUUCGAGCGUUAGCUCUGACGAAGGGCUAACACUUGAAAUGUCAGCUUUUCUACCCUUUUAGCCUAAUUUACGUUUUCAACCCAGUUGUUAACACUAAAUUACCUGUUAUACUCUCCCACCGACGCAGCACCACAGUUUCUUUAGAAACUUACCCCUUUAUUCAUUUAUCAAAUAACAUGGACAUUGUAAAGACAAAAAGAGGUAUUCACUCUGUUCUCAAUUUCUUUCACAUGUUACUUGUCAGCCAAAUUUGAUAAGAAGAGGCAGCUGGAAAGGUUUGUGUAGUGACAAUUUUUGAUUGAGAUUUGAUUACUAUGCUUAACAUUAUAUUGAGAAAAGUAGUUUAUGUAUUCUAUAAUUAGUUUCAAUUUCUUUAAAAUUGUGCUGCUUUUGUUUCUAGUACAAAUGCGCUGAAGUCUGAUCCAAACAAGGAACUUAUUAGAGAAAAAAGGUACAUGUGUUUUUUCAGUAUUAGCUUUUUAGUAGAUGAAUUUAAUUUGUAACAAUAAUAAUGAGGGCUAGUGUCACUAAUAAUCUGAGAUGAGACUAAUGUUGUAUGAGAGUUUUUAAUCUAGUAGUUAAUUGUAAAGUGGCUCUUAGCUCAACAUUUGAGUGGGCUUCUUCUCUUGGUGUUCGUGCGGACACAUAACCCUUUAUAUCCUAACACCAGUAAGCACUUCCUAGGCUUAUUAGUAAUUCUCCUUACUGUCUGUCAUACAAUUCUUAUGAUAGAAAAAUAUGUUUUUCAUCUUAUCACAAGUGUGGGACAAAGUAAAAAGUCUGUGUCCCCAUGAGGAAUCAAACCUCAGACCUUCAGAUUCCAUGCCCUGAUGCUCUCUCUGAGCCAAGAGACUCAAUGAUGAGAGAGGCUCAUCUUAAAGUUCACACGUGUUCUUCAUACUGUUAGAAUCAGUAGUGUCAAUAAGGUCAUGUUUGUAAUUAUAGAAUAAAAGGGAUGGUAAAGAAUUCAGCAUCAGAGCAUGAAAUCUGAAGGUCUGAAGAUUGACUCCUCAUGGGGAUUCGAAAUUUUUUUUUUUGUCCCACACUCUUGACGAGAUGAAAGAACAUCUUUCUCCAUUACUUAACAGAGCCUAAAACUUAUUAAUCAUUUCCUUUAUUCUCAUGACCAUAAUGUUUGAUACAGCAAUAAUGCUUUAGGGAGAAAUUUAAUUUACAUCAGGGCUCGGAAUUAAAAAAAAUUCCAAGUAGCCUUUUGGUGACUAUCAAAGAAAAAGUGGUUGCCAAAUACAAAAAUGCAGUUGCCAGAUAGUACAAGAACAGAAACUCAGAGUAGAGUCCCUUUUAAUGGACAUAGUAGUUUGGCUUCUGGAACUAAACACUUUGCAAAAACAUCCUCCGGUAGCUGCUGCAUGAGAUUCACACUCUGAAAAAACGUUUUUGAAGGGCUUAGAAACCCUUCUUGUUUGCAUAGUAACAACGAUCUUGCUUCCUGGUAAUUUCUAGCCUGCAGCAAAUUACGAAACUCAGUGUAUUCUUCUCUUGCGAUAAAUAAUUCAUGACUUUCGGUGUAGACUCGUCUCACUUGAUCAAGCAAAUGGUGAAAAGAAAGCACCUGCCUUGAAAGCCGGCUACUUGCGACAAAAUCUGCCACAGAACACUUUUAAAUUCAGCAGCCUUUCAACAAAAUAUUGCGCCUGUCUUCAUUGCAGUGUAUUGAUGCCACUGCAUGCUUGCUACAAAUUGUUAAUUUUUUUCUGAUUAAUUUUCUUUUUUUUUUAUUUCAGACAAGCAAGUUGUCACCACUACCAUGGUCAUGUCUGCAAUGAAUACUUAGAUAAAAACAAACUAUUGUACUUAAACAAGAAUCCCAAGAUAUUGGAAGAGAGCCUCAGAAGUCCUUUUAGUCUUCUAAAGCCACGAUUACUUAAAGACUGUGCAAAAUAUGCACUGAAAGCAAUUUGCCUCACAACUUACCCAUACUGUUCAAGUUCUAACAAACCAAAACCAGUCAGACUGUGCAGAGAAGACUGCGAGGAACUGCAGAGUGGUGUAUGCAAAUCAGAUUUUAGAGUUGCAAGGCAGUUUGAUUACUUGGCUGUUAUUUUGCCCAACUGUAGUAUUUUGCCUGAGAAGGGAACCAAAGAGGCAGAGGGUUGUGUAAAGCUUGGCAUUAAAGGUAAGGUAGAUGUACAUGUACAUGUACAUGUAUCAACACUGGUGUUACAAUGUUUUCACCCCUCAGACCCCAAACAGUGACAAGCUGACACAGGGCACCAAGCUCACCUUUUUUUUUUUUGUUUUUUUUUAAUUUGCCAUUUACAACUAAAUUGCUUGGAAAAAAAUAUUCAUGCAAUAUUCCACAGUUGCUGAACAUGUCACUGGUUUUUGGCCAUAUAGAUUUUGACUAGCACUGGUUGUCAAAUUGGUGCUGUGCACCGUAAAGUUACAUCGCCAUUUUUUUGCGAGUCACAGCUGACCAAAACGGGUCAAGUUUAGAGCACUAAAAUAAUUAUGAUUUUCCAAACACAUGUUUUGGUUUUAUUUACAUGCAAGUACAGUAAUUUGUGCAGUCGUUAAUUUCAUCCAAUGCACUGUGUCUAAUAAUUCUCCAAUUCAGUUGAUACUCAGUAAACUCCCAUGAGUGACCAAGAGAGAAUUUCUCCUUACAAUAUUAGUAUAAUAUCAGGCAAACAAGUGAUGAGGAUAGAGAAAAAUAUGAGUAGUGGGGGGUUAAAAGUUGAUCAAAUACCAAAAUCUCAAAACUAACAAGACAAGAUCUGUAUGGCAGACAGUGAGGAGAAUUACUGAGAUCUUAAGAGUUAAAGGGUUACUGUAAGUUUAGUACACUAAACCAGCUUUAAGACUAAAUUUAGGUUAAGUUAAACCAGACUUGAUUAGAAUGGGGUUUGACGAAGCUCCCUUUGUAUUUACAGAAUCAAAUAAACAGGAUCAGGCCAAUUCUUUGGAUGCUGACAAUUCAAAAGACCUCAAAGCAUUGGUAACCCAUGAUGAUGAUGAUGAUGACGAUAAGGACACUGAUGAUCAUGAAACCCAAGCAACCACUGCUGCACCUAUCCCACAUUACACAGCACAGCGCCAUCCUUCAUCCAAAAGACAUUCUAACGCUGACAUGGCAGUAACAAAGCCAUCUAUUGGAGCAGUCAUGCCAUCCACAGAGGCAGUGAUAUUGGGAGAGGAUGUGGGAAUAAUGGAAACUUUUCUCAGGUGGUGUCAGGAGAUAGGAAUUCUAAUGCGCAGCAAAGUCGACUGUCUUCUGCUUUGAAGGACAUAACCCCUCAAGAUGUACCAUCAGUGCCUAAUCAGGGUGAAGCAAACAAUGUCCAAAAAGUAUGUGUUGGUACAUUUUUGUUAAGUGCCAAUUGCACUUCUGGUAACCAAUUUUAUUUAAAUCAGGUCAAAGGCUUGAAAAUUGUAGAUGUUCUGCUACAGUAUAAUGAACAGAAUACAUGUAUGUGUAAUUGUAUCUCAUUAUGUGGAAAAAGUUGAAGAAUGUUUUGUUUUAGCUAAAUUUAAAUCAAUGUUAACCCUUUAACUCCCAUGAAUGACCAAGACAGCAUUUCUCCUUACAAUAUCAAUUCAAUAUCAAGCAUACAAGUGAUAAGAAUAAAGAAAAAUAUCAAUUAGGGGAUUACAAGUUGAUCCAAUCCCAAAUUCUCCAAAUUUAUGUCAUAAGAACUGUAUGGCAGACAGGAAGGAGAAUUAAUAAUGAGAUCUUGGGAGUUAGAGGGUCAAGUAAUGAUAGAUGUAAAAUAUGUGAAAGACUCUUUGCUAAGAAUGUAAGCUCAACGUUUUUAGCAGGCUUAAUUGUAAAAUGAAUAUAUUUCAGUCUGGAGCAUAGUUUGUCAAAGUGGCAACCUUCGCUGCAAAUGUUGGCAUAAGACCAUUAUCACAAGACACAUUUUUUUUUUUUUUUUUUUUAAUUAAUACUUGCUGCUUAUUUUUAUCACUUUUUCAUCAUCCUAUUUUGUUUCUUUGUCCAUUUACUUGUUUAUUUUCCUCUCAUUGGUUUUCUUCUUACAUGUAGUUUGUUUUCUCCAUUUGUCAGUCUCUAAUGAUAAUACAUUUUGUCAAGUAAAUCCAUUAAUGAUUAAUUAAGUUCUUUUUUCUCUUUAGCCUGUGAUUGUUCAGUGUUUAUUUUACAGCGAUAUUAAUCUGAUGCUUGAAAAUUUUUACUUCAGGUUGCAACUGCCCCUCUGCCAUGAUAAUACAUUUUUUUUCAAGUAAAUCCAUCAAUGAUUUAUCAAGUAGACUUGUUGUAUGGUUCUUUUUUCUUUUUCUUUUUUUUUCUCUUUUUCAGUUGCACAGUAUUUUAUAUUAAUAUUAAUCUGAUCCUUGAACAUUUUACUUCAGGUUGUAACUGCUUCUCUGCCAUUAAAUUCCACAUUGUCAACUUCCUCCAUGCUUCAGAAUCCAAUGACUGAGCCAACUGUUGUCAACAUCACUAACACCACAGAAGUAAACCUUGCACAAAGUAGUGAAAAUUCAUCUUCUGCAACUCCCCCUGCAGUAACUCUAAGUAAGGAUAACCAUAAUCUACAGUGAGCUUGAAUUAUUGUUUGUUAAACAAGUUACAUGUAUAUGUAAAUGCAUGGAAACAGUGUACAACUUCAUGGCAAACUUGUAGCUAUGUUUUUUAAGUUUCUUCAAGUUUCUACUUAGAACAAAAAUGAUGGAUUCUUAACAUUUAAUGCUUUUAUAAAACCAAUGAUUUUUUAAUUUUCUUGUUUCAGAACCUGUCCUCACCAACCAGUCUGACACAAACCUUGGUAAGAAAACUUACAUAUGCACUGAUUCCCUUCCCCCUCCUCUGCUACCCUUCACACCCAAUAUCUAAAUAAAGUAAAUAGUUUGAACCUGGGGUAUCAUUUGACUGUGAAGUCAGAUUGUCCAGGUGAGAGAAGACCUGAAAAGGACUGUUGUUGGUGUUACUGACUUAAAAGCAAGUCUUCAUUAGAGUUUUGAAAUGUUGUUCUUGGGUCCAAUUUCACCUGGAUGAUCAGAUUUCAUGAUCAAACUUUGUCAAACAGUUCUUAUUAUUUUAGCUUUGAGAUUAUGGUAUGGUAUACAUGUAGUACCACUCAAAUGUAAAUUGGCCACUGUUAAGGGUAAAAAAGCUGACAUUUUGAGCAUCAGCCCCUCGUCAGAGUGAUUGACAAACGUCUAACACUCAAAACGUCAGCUUUUUUUAGCCUUUAUGGUGGCCAAUUUACGUUUUCAACUCACUUGUUAACACGAAAUUAACCUGCUAUACUCUCCCACCGACGCAGCACCACAGUUUCUUUAGAAACUUACCCCCUUCACUCAAAAGUAAGUUGACAAUCUCUUUUAACUCAAUCCUUGAUACUUGACUCUCGACAGUGGAUCAUUGUUGAGUUGAGUUUCCUGAUGCUGAUGUUUUGAAGUGGGGAAACAAGGAAAUUUUUGUGCUAUUAAGUUUUCACAUGGCUGUCUUCCACUCAGCUACCAGUACAUGCUGAGUUAUAAAUGAAUUACUCUUUUCUUUGUAAUAAUUACAGAUACAACAACUACAGGACCAUCAGCAAAGCCAUCUCCUGAAGGUGAGCAUUAAUUCAUAUAGUGCAUUCUCAACUUAAAGUGAGCUUCAUGCUUGCUUUACACCUUACAAAAAUCAGUUUGUGAUUGAAAACAAUUUACUCUACAACUAACAACAAAAUAGGUAUGAAGUCAUGAGUGAGAGAAAAAAUAUAUCAAUGUAAGAUUAUAAAAUAAAAGUCGGCAUGUUUCUGGUUUCAAUCGAAGUAUUAUUUCUAUGGGCCUCUGCUCCAAGUUGAGGGGUGAUUUUGUUCAUGUUCUGUGGUAUACCUUCUCUUCUCAUAGACUUGUUGGGGUAGCACUUGUUAACCUUUAAGAUCUGAUUGUUUCUCCUCUCUAGCUGCUACACAUUUCCUUCUAAAUUGGUUGCAAGAAUUUAGUGAGAUAGUAGGUCAAGUUAACAACUUCAACACUGUACCUGAUAAGCUGGUUAUUCCAUUACCUGUUUGCUGGAUAAUGUUUGGUUAUCUUGGAGAAGUUGUAUCUUAUCACUUCAGGGAGUUAAAGGGGUAAUGAGCUCAAGGAAAAAUUACUGCAGCGAAUUUACACUGUAUAUACAUGUACCUUUAGAAAACUAUGCUGGUUUUAAUUACUGUGGUAGAAUUCUAUUUGCAUGUAAUCUGCAAACACAUACAUGUACAAUGUAACCUUUCUUCUGGUGUAAACCAAACUGUUGAGUGUUACAUGCUUCUCUAAUAAUGAUUCACUCUGUCCUCAGUGCCACACAAAUCCCUUGAAGUUUCUGCGGGUGACAACAAAGUACUAACACUUCCAGUGAACACAGUAAGCUUGUACGCCAGUGCAUGGCCAAAGGAGACUUCAGGUAACUAUUGCUAAGUCUACUGAACCAAUUGCCACUUUGAUCAAUCCAUCCUCCUCGAGUUAUGACAAAACCUUCAUUUUUUUUUUUUUAUUUAUUUGUUUUUUUUUUUUCAUGAUCAAAAAAAAAGAGAUACUGUAAGGCUUGAAACUUAAAAUUUAAUUGUUUGUGGUAAAAUUCAGUGUGGAGCUCUAAAUUGUGUUAAUUUUUAAACAUUACCAUGCAGUCAUGUCUUAAAUUUCAUUGAAACUUAAAAUUUUAUUGUUUGUGGUAAAAUUCAGUGUGGAGCUCUAAAUUGUGUUAAGAGUUAAAAAUAAUUUUUUGGGAAAAUUACAUGUAUAAUUACCAGAUUCAGAUGAACAGAAUCCCUGUAGAAUAACUGACCAUCAGUCACUUGCAAAAGAGCUGAUAUAUUGUUACUACAGGCACCCUGAUUUAAAUGUACAGUAUUGUUUGUUGCACUGGCAAAGGCAUAGAAAAUUGAACCAUUUUAAUUUUGUUUUAUAGAAGCAAUAGACUUCACUUUCUAUUUAUGUGCAUGUAUCAUAUCCCUCUUGGAAUUUUGGGAGAACACAUGAAAAGAUUUACUAAUCAUGAAUUGGAGGCAAGUGAUUUGAAAACAUUGGUUGUGUUCUACCCAGAUCCCAAGCAGGUUAUUAGGCUGGUAAGCUGAUAGAGACGUCAGUCUAUUGCUUAAUUUUUAAACAUUACCAUGCAGUCAUGUCUUAAAUUUCAUUAUCCUGUUAUUCUGAUUGUUAGAAAAUCCAUACUCAUACCAUUGGCAACAGAUCUCAGCCCCUGAAGGUAGUCAUGGUUACAUGGAGGGGCAGGACUCCAGAAGAGUAAUACUCAGUCAGGUAUACACAGUCAUGGACAUACAUUUACACUUCAUUCUACUCCUGUCUUGUGUUUAUUAGGAUUUACAUCUAAAAAUAGCAAGAAUCAAAAUGCACUUACACAUGGAUUAAAAGUUUUGAAUGUGAAGAAACAUCCUCUGUGAGCAUCAAGAUCUUCUGGAGAGCCUUCACUCACAAUUACAAAAUGAAAAUGUACACUGUAUUCUUUUGCUUCACUAAAAGCUCCUUUAUGGCACUAGAAUAGCCAAUAAUUAUUGAAGGCAGUUGUGUUAGUCAAAAUUAAUCUCAAGCAAUUAACAAUUCUUUAUCAAGGUCCUAAAAAUUUGAACUCUCUUCCUGUAUCAGUCACUUUUUCAUAAGUCUUCUUAGCUUUAAGACCAAAGUGCAAGAGUUUCCUCUCAAACAAUCACUAAAUUGGCCAAGCUGCACAUUUGCAGCACUUAUUUUUAAAUUUAAUUAUUGUUGUCAGUAAGAAUGAUGUCCUCUUCUACAUGUAUAAGCCAGGUGGUCUCUUGGGGUCUCUUUGCCUAAUGAUUACAAUGCUGUUUAAAAAAAACAAUUAUAUAUAUAUAUAUAUAUAGUUUCUAGUUAACUGUUAAAAAUGGCAAAUAAAUGAUGAUGAUGACGAAUGAUGAUUAUUAUUUCUGAAAACAGCUUGAUCAAUCUGGUGUGUAUAAAUUCAAAGUGAAAGUUACAGCUGUGGACCAAUCUUAUGGAUAUGCAUUUAUUAAUGUCACAGUUUUGCCUGGUGAGUUGUGUCUAAUGUCAUUAUACUAAUAAAUAAAGUACACAUAUUAAUUGUUAAUUUCUGAACAUAGAGGAAAGGGAAAUUUUUUUGUUCCAUGAGUGAUCCAUGUGGUACUCACAAUCCUUUCACCCUUGAGUGAUCAGCAUCUAAUUUCUCCUUACAAUAUUAUCCAAGAAUUAAACAUUAAGGUUGCAAGAAAAUCUGAAAUGAUCACCAUUAAUUUUAAAUAAGCUCUUGAUUCUUCUUUUUAGUCGAAAGGAAUGUACAGAGAGCAGUAUUGAGACUAAUUUUAUCUAUGCUGAUGUUUGCAAAAUUGUAAGGGGUUAAAUGGGUGAUUGAAAUGAGCAUAAAAAAACGAUUUGUGUCUCUGAAAUUGAUAAUACCAGUAUUCUAUUAAAGAUAUCAAUAAGAGCAGUACUGAAUUAAUCCCUUACACCCUCACAUGAACUUUCAUAUUCUCCAUACUGUUCUCUCUACAUUUUUCAUGGUGAUGACAAGGAGAAUUUGUUUGACAAUCAGGAGCUUCUUAAAUUGGCAAUCAUUUCCUUUAUUCUCGUUAUCAUCAUGGUUUAUUCAGGGGUGAUAUUGUAAGGAGAAAUUAGAUGGUGGUCACUCUUAAGGAUUACAGUGUACUUUGCUUCCCUCUAUGACUACAAAUGUCCUUGUUAACCUAUCAGAUGGUAAUUUGAAACCAGUCACAACUUGGUCAUGGUCAUUUCUCCACACUUCUGCCAGUUUGUCCUGAGUUGAAUUUUCACUGGACUCUUUUCCUAGUUUUCCCUGCUGUGAAUGGUCUUUUUGACACAGGGUUGAAAUAUGCUCUGAUUCUCUUUCUUGUUCAUUUUGUGCGUGUACUUGUUUAGCUCCUCGAGUGAAUAAGCCACCACGUGCCGACAUCUCCCCUAAGGAACAAACAAUUACCUUGCCAACCAAUGAGGUUGUACUUGAUGGAUCAAGUAAGUUGAGGAUAGUUUUCUUCAAAAUUAUUAAGUAAACAAAUGUAAAGUUAAUAUAUGGAGUUGCACAGUGGACAUAAUUGAUAAAAUUGUCCAUAAAGAGCUUUUAUACAUGAUCACUUGAAACUGUUGCAUUGGUCACGUUAGCUUUGUUGUGGCUGAUGAUGUGCUUAGUUCAUGCUACAGUUGUGAUUUUUCUUCAAUCCCUCAACUCCCAGAGGUGAUUAACAUGUAACUUCUCCCUGUAAUUUCCAUGCUACAUUAGACAGGAAACAGGUCAUGAGAAUACUUCAAAGUAUUCAGCUAGAAGUUGUUAUGUUGAUAUAACACCAAAUUCUCUAAUUGACCAGGAAAUGUGUAGCAGUUAGAUGGGAGGAUUAACAAUUAGAUCUAUGGAGUUCAGGGUUAAAGAAUUUUUUUUUUUUGUUUGUUUUUUUUUUGUGGUUCAUCAUUUUGUCUCAGACAAAGUUAGGUACUGUAUGUGUAUGUUGGGGUUUAAUACCAGGGAUGCUGUCAUGAAGUUGUAAAACAUUACAGAAGUGAGUGUUAUGUUCCAGCAAGCAAGUGGUGAGUGUACGUGUAGCUGAGUGCUGUGGUACUUUAACAUCUUUUUUCUAUUUGUGCAGAGAGUUCAGAUGACGAAAAAAUCACUCAAUACAAAUGGGAAGAAGUGAAAGGUCCUCUAAAUGAUAAGAACAAAAAGAUGAGCUCAGGAGCAGACUCUCCUGUACUUCAGCUCAAGUCUCUUGUUCCUGGAAUCUACACAUUCAAGUAGGUCUUUUGGUGGAUCUGUGCAACUGUUCGCUAGUUUUUGUUUGUUUUUUUUCUUUGAUCACUGUCUGUUAAGUAUAUCACAUCCUAUAUUGUCAUCUGUUCAUCCAUUUGAGACUAGUUCUGCAUACAACAUAUUAAGUUGUUGCCUUAGAGAGUGAGUGAUGCCAUUGGAGAUAUGGCAACACAGUCAGCUGUUACUCAAACCAUUAGUAGCCCUAUGACACCCAAGAGUGACUAACAUAUAAUUUCUCCCUACGAUGUUAUCCCUGAACCACUCAUUACAGUUAUGAGAAUAAAGGAAAUGAUCAGCAACCAAAGAAGCACUUGAUUGUCAAACAAAUUCUUCCUGGUGAAAGACAUUUUUCGUCUUGUCAUGGGCAUUGGACAAAGAAAAAAUUCUAAAUCCCCAUCUUUUUUUUUUUAUUAUUUCUCAUCUUUCUUAUUCUAAAUUUAUUUGGUUGGCACCUUAAGACAUUUAUCCAAACGAGUGUGGAGAAUAUUCACACUGAUACUGAUAUUGUUGAGUUAGCUGAAUAGUUAUGUGCACAAAUUACAAACUUAAGAGUAUUCUUUUUGGCCAUUAGCACUCUACAAUAACUGUACUUUAUUUUGAUUGCAAUGUCGGAUGGUCUGUGGAAGAGUAAUCUGGAGUAAAAGUGUUGUCUGUAGUAGUGACUGACAUUUUUAAAACCUAAGUGGAACUCAUCAUUAGAAUAAUUAUAAUGGUUACGACUCCCCUUCAGGUGAAGGCCACUGUGUCUCCCUGAACUCUUGUAAAUGUUUAAUGUUGUUGCAGGUUGACUGUGACUGACUCAGAUGGUGAAUCAGAUUCCACCACAGCCACAGUGACUGUUAAUGAUGGUAAGUCCCACUUAUUCAUGCAUACACAACCAUGUUACUUCUAAGAUCUAGUUAUCAACUCUCUCUACUGUCUACCUUCUAUCUCAUCAACUUUUACUGUAGCUCUUAGAAUGUUUUGUUAAAUCAAGUGAUAUCCCACUUGUUAAUAUAUAUUCUUUCUUGAUAUCAGCUCUCUGGUUUUUAAAAAUUGUAUUUGUAAUUAUUUAAUUGUGAGGAGAGAGUUCUUUUUUAUCACUUCGGGUAGCCAAAAAGUUAAACAUAUUCUGAAAUUUCAGUGCCAGUGAAGGAAUUCAUGAAUUGUGUCAUCUCAAAGAAAUCACUUAUUUUGUUUGCACAUUGUUGCUUUAGAGAUGAUACAAGUCAUGUCAUUAUGGUGUAUUUAAGCUAACUGAUGGAUUUUUCAGUCUAUUUGUCGAGUAGUUACCAUCAUGUGUUUUCCUCUUUAUUCCAGAGAAAGAUUACCCACCUGUGGCACGUGCGGGAAAUGAUGUUGUGAUUGUACUUCCUGUGGAUCAUGUGACUCUUUAUGGUAAUGGAAGCACAGAUGACAAGGUACUUAAUGAUAGAUAAAGAAGAUAACUUAAAUUUAUUAUUUAUUUGAACAAAUACAGGAUAGCCAUAUUUAAUUUUACCUGCUAAGGCAUGAUCCUGUCCUUCUGGCCAGCACCACAGAACAACUGGCCCUGUUCAAAACCAAUUUUUUUUUCCUGAUAGCUGAUUAGGGGUAGCAAUGAUACUUAUAUAUUCCUAUAAAAACUUUUUUCCCCCCAGGGUAUUGUCAGUUAUGAAUGGAGCAAAACACCUUCCAGUCCAGCUGUAGGGGACAUGCAGGUAGAAACAUGAAUACGCAGUAUGUUACUUGUGUACAGUGCUAUACUUUGCUUCUCAAAUUAGAUGUUUAUAGGCAACUUGCUCUAUAAUCCUAUGAAAUAACAAGAAGAUGAAAACUCAUUGUAAGGCUCAGUUUCCUGUUGUUGUUUGGGAAAUUAAGUGGUAUGCUCCUUUUCUAAAGAGGAUUGUGACUGAAUCCAAGAAUAUUUCCUAGACCCUUUCACUCCUAAGAUCAGUGCUAUAAGAAAUUCUCCUUACUGUCUGCCAUACCAGUCUUCUGAUGUCACUUAGGAAAAUUUGGUAUUGGAUCCCCUAAAGAUCUUUUACUUUAAUUUUUUUCUUUAUUCUACUUACUUUUCAGUCUGGUAUUGUAUUAAUAUUGUAAGGAGAAAUUCUGUUUUGGUCAUUUAUAGGAGUUUACGAGUUAACCCUUUCACCCCCACAAGUGACCAAGACAGAAUUUCUCCUUACAAUAUCAAUACAAUAUCAAGCAGGCAGGUGAUGAGAAUAGAGAAGAAUAUCAAUUAUGGGAUUGUUAGUUGAUCCAAUACCAAAUUCUCUGAACUAUUAUCAUAAGAAUUGUAUGGGAGAUAGUAAGGAGAAUUACUAAACAGAUCUUGGGAGGGAAAGGGUUAAUCACAAGGGGAAAAAAGAAAAAAGAAAAAAAGAAAAAAAGAAAAAAAGGAAAAUAAUCAGUGCCUAUGCAAAACUGUUUUGGUCUGAUUAAUUUAAUGAAAUUGCAGUGUACAUUUGCACCCAUUUAUCACAUCAUUUACAGUGAGAUAAGGAUGUAGCAAAUCGUUCCGCACUAAGGUCCAUAUCGUAUUCUCGUAUUCAGGAUCUGUCACUAACACAUUGCCUCUAGAUUCUUCCACCCAAUUGCAAUACAGUGUCCCUUUUCCAGAAUCAUGAUAAUCUGUGCAAAGAUUCCCAGAUGCUUUCACUUGAUUGCAGUGAUUGGUUGUACAUGUAAUUGCAAUGUGAUUUUUUUCACCAGGGCACGAGUUCUCCAACUUUAAAGGUGUCCAACAUGGUUGUGGGUGACUACACUUUUGUGUUAAAAGUGACCGAUACUGGGGGACAGACUGCUAGCUCAAGCUUGACAGUAGUGGUUCAACCUGAGAAGAAUGCCCCACCUGUGGCAGUCGCCGGGUCAGAUAAGGUUUGUUUGGUUUCCCUGUGUUCACGUUUCUGUUUUGUUGUAAUUUUUGCCUUGUUGCAGAUAUUACUACAAUUUUACUCCAAAGCUCGCUAUUUUUGUAGGCCAUACUAAGUUCCGUGGAAUAUCAGUUUCAGAAUUACGCUAAAUGCCAAAAACUGUUAAAUCAUUAAGUAUUACAGUAAAAAGUUCUUUUCGAAGACUGUGCAUCCACCCUCGUUUUGAAAGAGAGACUAAGGACGUAGUCAUGGAAAUAGCCUUUCGUUUAUACUGAAUGGAAUAUAUAUCUAUCAGUGUUGUUUCUGAGAGUUUGUUGUGGGUUAAAUGUAUACUGUAGAUUGUAUUUUUUUGCAUUUCUUUGCACCUUUCUGUGUGCCUAUAUGGCAAUGGAACAGCGAGGAAUUUCUUUUCUAUUGAGUCACCAAAGGGGCUAACAGGGUUGAUUGUCAAGAGUACGUCUGCUGUUUAUCGACAGUUGUUGAUUCGUGUGCAUUUUAUGUGAAUGAAGUACUUAAGCAAUUAUUUAUCUUUUAGGAUCUGGUGUUUCCUGACGACUCCACAGUUCUUGAUGCCUCAUCUAGUCAUGAUGAUCAAAAAAUUGUCAGCUACCACUGGGAGCAGUCAAGGUGAGCUGGUACAAAUGAGCGCUUCUCAGUUGUCACGCUGCUAUCAAAUUUGACAUCCAGAUUUACGUAGUUAGAAUUGCUUAGUUGGAGUAUGGGGCAAAAAACGGUUCUCGUCGUACGUCGUCUUAUGACCACUCCCAUCGGCUGGUGUGUAAUGUAUCUAUGUUUUACUGCUCCCUGAAAUACAACCCUGAUAAAGAUACAUUAACAUCUAUCUAGGCAACUGCGGUUUCCCAUAAUGAGCAUGUUGUUUGCUUUCUAUCUCAUUGCGGUUACAAUGUUUAAGCCACAUUUUUGCCUCCUCUGCCACCUCUGAAUAAUUUUUUCGCUCCCUUCUCCCUCCACUGAGUAAAUUCAGUUUGAUAGUUGCCGUUUUAACUAGACUGUCGACCCGAGCGCGGUUGUCAUGACUACUUAUAUCUCUGACCUGCUUACUUUAAAAAUCUCUGUAAAAGUCUUGUGGCGUUUUUGCCCUCUGCCUGAAUUAGCUCACCAUAUAUUCCCUACAUGUGCUUAUCAACCUGUGAAACAGAUAAUUUCUUGCAACUUAUGGUGCAGUAACAUGGAAUCAAAAGUCAUCCUGUAAUUGACUUCGUUCUGUUUUUAUUUUGUUUUUUGAAGCGGGCCGCGCCAAGCUGAGAUGUCGGGGGUCAAUGACAAAGUUGUGACGGUUAAGAAACUUCUAGAAGGUCACUAUGUGUUUAAAUUAACAGUGACAGAUGACAAGGGACUCACGGGAACUGAUACAGUGGCAGUGAAUGUUAAGAAAGGUGACUCUUAAGUUGUAGCAGUGACUUUCACCGUGUAGUACAUGUAAUAGUAUUUUUAGCCUGCAAGGCUGUCCUUGUUUUAAGUGUUGCAGGACGCGCGUCUCCCUGCCAGCUGAAUUAGUUGAGACGUACUGGGAGGAAAGUUUUCCGAGGGUCUAGCAGUAAUUAUCAGUGCUAGACUUUUGUAGACCUCUCGCCGACUCGCGUUGUUUAAGGCUUCAUACUUUCCCGCAGGCUAAGGAACGCUCCUGCUGAAGCGUUGAUAAUGAAGGCCUGCUCGGGUAAAUUCUGGAUAAAUUAAUUGUAGAAUUGCAGCGCAACUCAGUCUUGUCGAUGGACCCGUGAUUCAUGUGAUAGCGUUACGAGUCUGUUGAAACACCAGUCGCGACAAUGGUCGACAAGCGAAAUUCUCCUCUCGAGGCGCGAUCGGAAAGCGAAGCCGUUCGCACAAGGCACGAAGUACAGGAUGGCAAGAACGAUUCUUGCUGCUUGCUCCUCUUAGCGCUAAGCUCUCAGUUUGCGGUCUCCGUCAUGUGGAUAGGUUACGUGAUCGUAUAUUUUAGCGGGCAAUCAACAAGAUCUCGUGCGGUGGAAUUGACUUACGUAACAAAUUGCUCACUUUGAAAAAGAAUGAUGGCCUGGGAACGGAAGUUACCGAGUAAAGGACUAUGGAAUAUUUUUCGGGGGACGCUCAAAGUGUCUAUGCCAAAACACGUGCGUUGCUGUGUGCCCUUGCGUACAAAUAAUUUUCUGAAACUUUUGGUGCACAGACUUGGUGAUAUUGCUAGACUCCGGCAGCUGUGCCAAGUGUCAAUGGCUGUGGGAUAACUCUUAGCGGCAAACAAUACACAGCAGUUGCGCGCAACACAUCUAUCCGCUGAAUAGCGUCUGAUGAAGGGGACCGUUUUUUAUUUAUUUUUUUUUUAAUUUAGUAUGGUUAGAUCAAACAGUGAAGGUUCGAUGUUUGCUGAGUUCACAUGUGUUUUGAGCGUAACAUUACUCACACAUAACCGCUCUCCACCUAGGAAUGUAUAUGAAUCCGUUUCGGGCUCUCCGUCGUUGAAGACGAGUGCAAGGGUGGGUAAGCUACACGGUUACUGAACACGGAGGUCGAGGUUGUCAAGGAAACCGCAGUCGUUUGAGCGCCCGCUUUUUUCGCCCAUUUUCGCUAACCAAGAACUUGUACAUCGGUAAAUUGGUUAUGGGAAGCUAUAAACCCUUUGCAUCCUAAUAUCAAUAAUCAAAUUCUCCUUGCUAUUCUCUCUACAUUUCCUCGGAUGAUGACAAGGAGAAUUUGUGUAAUAAUCAAGAGCUUCUCCAGUUGGAAAUAAUUUCCAGUGUUCUCAUGAUCUGAACGUUUGAUUCAGCAGUGAUAAUGUAAGGAGAAAUUAGGUGCUAAUCACGCCAAGGGUAAAGGGUUAAAGAGAGCUAAAUGAUUUAGAGGUUUCUUGUGUUUAGGGCAGACUGACAUUCCACCUAAGACGAAUAGUGGUUGAUCUAAUCACCCUUUACACCUUAUGAGUGAUGAUAAGCAUCUAAUUUCUCCCAACAGUUUUCCCCUUAGAAUCAAACAUUAAGGUCAUGAGAAUGAAAGAGAAGAUCGCAAAUUCCUAGAGGCACUUGAUUGCUAGACAAAUUCUCCUUGUUCGUUCUAUAGGAAAUGUAUAAAAAAUAGUGGGGAGAACUUGGAUACUGAUUUCAGGGUUUAAAAGAGUUAUUCGUGCUCUUUUAACCGAUAUAAGCUCCGUCAGGUAGUGGUCCCUAUCCCGCAGAUAUUUGCGGAUGUUUUGUCUCUGUUGACACCGAGUUGCCUUUUUAUUUUUUAGAUAUAAAUAAGCCUCCAAUUGCCAAUGCUGGUCCAGAUGUCACGGUACAUCUCCCAAACCGAGCAGCGGAACUAGAUGGAUCCAGUUCAUAUGAUGAUCAUGGGAUUGUUAUGUACGAGUGGUCACGUGAUCCUAAAAGUCCCGCGGCUGGUGUAAGUGUUAACUAAGCCUGUAUAAACGGUCGUGCACGCGGUAUUUGAGACCUGCAUACAUGUAGCUAUGAAGUUUUAAGCCAUAACGCUGGCCAGUUUCUUUCAAAUGUCGCGAUACUUCCUUUUACGAAAAAUCAGUUUGUGUUUUAGUCAACAAUUUAAAUGCGUUUGCAACUCUAGAGCAAAAUUUGCAGAAAGUCUCCAUCAAAUGUCAAAUCUCUCGAAGGGAAACCAAACUUUUUCACUUAACAUGCUUGUCUAUGAAAUACAAAGUUUUGAAACUCGCGCGCAUAGCCUUAAUCCUGCAAAAAGUGUUGUAGCCGCUGUCGUUGUUUCCUGGCGGAGAACAGUAUGGCCGGCCUUCCUUCCCAAGGCUUGCUGCACUUGCGCACUUAUUUCCUUUCUUCCAGUCUUUCCCGUUCCACAUCAUAUGUUGGUUUCCAUGGUUGAAACGUGGCAAGAAAAGAGUCGAUUUAUUAUGUUUGAUUACAGGACGUCAUCAACAACAGUGACCAUCAGGCUGUACUGCGGCUGUCAAACCUUGUAGAGGGAAUAUACAAGUUCAAGCUCACUGUGGCUGAUGGGAAGGGGCUCAAGGGCAACGAUGACGUCAUACUUACUGUAAAAGAAGGUGCGUUGCCUAAUCAAUUCGUGAAUGCUUGGUGGCUAACCUUUUACCGCGCAACUUCAGUAUGCAUAUUCUCCAUACUGUUUUAAAUGCAUUUUCAAGGGUGCUGACAGAGAGGAUUUGUUUAACAAUUAGGAGCCCUCCUAGUUGAUCGUUUCCUUUUUUCUUGUGACCUUAAUGCGUCAAUCAGGGUGAUAUUGUGAGGAGAAAUUAGAUUAUGAAUUAAAAAAAAAAAACGAUCUCUGGCUAAAACUUUUAACAAUACGAGCUUUCGGCUGUUUGCGCUACAACCUUCAAAGGCUUCGAAGGCUGUAGCGCAAACAGCCGAACGCUCGUAUUGUUAAAAGUUUUAGCCAGAGAUCGUUUUUUUUAAAUUUCAUAAGAUGUUUUAUCCUGGCUGCGGCCCCUCUAUCUUUUCACGGGAAAUUAGAUGUUACUGACUCUUCGGGGUCAAAGGUUCAGAGUGCACAACAGGUGUAUGCGCACUAACUAGGAUACAGAGGCUGGCUUUAAGUGGUGAGUGCUGUUUGCACAUGUACAGAAGUUUGAAAAUCUGAUUGUUUGACUUGCAGAUCAAAACAGUGCUCAUCUUGUGGAGUUGUACCUGGAUGUCGACAUCACGAAAUUCACUGAAGAAAAUAAGGUACAUUGUACUGCCUAUUUUAAUUUUAUAUAUUUUAUUAUUUAAUUAUUCAUUUUUCCAUUCAUUUAUUUAUUUCUUACGAGAUGAGCGGUUCUUAGCGUGUGAACGACCAGUUAGGUGACCCCAUCCUCCUUCCCUCAAAGAAAAAUUUUUUUUUUUUUUGGGGGGGGGGGGUUGUUACCUCGGAAAAAGGAUAGAUUUUCGAAAGUGCUUGGUGUUCUCUUUUUUGAACUUUUAUUUUUUUUCCUAACUUGUACAUCUGCAGGAGCAGUUAAUUCGUAAACUGGCUGUAAUCCUUGACGUUCAAGAUGAGGAUAUUAUAGUGGAGCAUUUAAAAGAAGCUGGUGUCGGACAUAGGUACGUAAAAUACUGCCUGGCCAAGAAGAUAGCUCUUUUUCAUUCACACAAACCAGAGGGUUCAGCUAUUUUUGUAUUGUUGAAUGGACGACUCUGCCAGCCUUCUCAUUUCAGGAGCUAUUAAAAUGCUAUUUCACAUCAUUAUAUCAGUGCAUACUCAAGAAGAGAGGUUUUGAGUUUUUUUUUUUUUUUGGAUCAUUAUCUAAUCUAAGAAGUUACUGCCCUGAUCUUGUUCAAAACUCUCAAAAGUAACUCAAAAAGAAAUAUGUGGAGAAGUCAUAUUCAGAUCCAAAGUUACUUGUUCGCUAGUUCUCUCUCGGAGCCGUUGUGCUGGCUUUGGUUUGAUUUGGUUUGGUUUAGUUUGGUCUUGUCAUUGAAAGAGCACCCCCCCCUCUCCUUGCCGUUUUAUUUUAUUUAAUUUUUUUUUUUUUUUUUUUCAUUCCGAUAAAACCAAACAACACUUGCGAAUAAUACAGCUUCUGGUGGAUAAAGAAAUCGUUUCGGGAUAAAAUCUCGAGGUACUGUAACAAGAAGAGAAAAUGCAAUAUCGAUUGUCAUUUUGUUUUGCUUUGUUUCGACAGUAUGAAGGUGAUGUUUUACGUUAAAGAUAAAUUGCUCAAAGCUAAGGAUGGCUACGAGGUGGCUGCAAUAUUAAAGGAGAAGAUUGGGAACGAGGAAGGCUUCUUCGAGUUUAGAAUGUUGAAAGUAGAGCCGUAUAGUAAGUAUUUGAUCGUCAGGUCACCGGAUGAUGAUGAUGAUGAUGAUGAUGAUUACUAUGAUUAUGAUUAUUUUUAUUAUAAUUAUUAUUCUUUUUGUUAUUAUUAUUAUUAUUAUUAUUGUUAUCAUCAUUAUUAUAAUUAUUAUUAUCAUUAUUAAUUUUUGUUUGUUGGUUUGUUUGAUGUUUGUUGUUUGUUUGUUGUUGUUGUUUUUUAAGUUAACUCCCAGCGACCUGAAAUCCCACACUGGUCGCUGGAAAUAUAAUUAAAGUCACAACAAAACAAAACAAAAGAAAGCAGAACAAAGCAAACAAAACAAAACAAAAAAAGACAUCUAAUAAGAGAUUUUGUUCUAGAAUGUGUACCUCACUUUAAUAUCAGAUAAUAAAACCUGUGUAAAAUACUACGUGACUUCUUGGUACUUGGCAACCGACAUUGAGCCGCCAAAUGAGUGUCUUCAAUUGCAAAUUAUGUCGAUUUCUACUCGGCAUGGCGACCAAAGCGGUCGCAGCUUUAGGCGCAGCCGAGAGCAGUGGUAUCUUGAUUUAUUCUAAGGGGAAAUUUCAAACUCAAAAUUUCCCUUUCCAGUUUUUCAUUCACAGUCGCGAUUAAUCUUAUCCAACGUCAACAGAGAUACAAGUAGGUCAAAACGAACUAGCAUUCCAUUUAGUGAGAGUAGUGAUUCCCUUUGUGGCGCCUUAAUGUUAUGACUUUACCAUUACCUUGCACUUCAAGUUUGCAGGAAUAACUGUUCAGGUCAUGGUUACUGUGAUCGCAGCACCAAGAUGUGCGUUUGCGAAAGUUUUUGGAUGCAGGAUUUCUUCAAAGUGCACUUUGGAACUAGAGAAAGCAAUUGCGGUAGGUGGCUUGUGGCCUUUUUGUUUUUUUUUUUUGUUUGUUUGUUUGUUUGUUUGUUUUUUUUUCCUUUUCAAGAACCCCGCUAGCAAUACAACAUCACCGUUCUCGUAGUAAAUUACUUUAGCAAGUAGACUGUAAGGUUAUCUCGGUCUAGGAGUAAUGAUGUUUGGUUUAUUUGCAGAUUGGAGUAUUUUAUACGUAACUGUCAUAAUCUUCGGCAUCAUUAUGGCCAUCGGUGGGAUUGUGUGGGCGAUAUGUUUCUGUAUGGGAAGGUUAGUACGACAUUUUUAUGUAAAGAACUAUGUUAAGCAUUUGGGACGAGUGUGCCCACGGUGACAAAUAAAAGUUGUGAGUCUUCCUCGAAGACUUGCACCUCAGAUCAUCCGAUUCCGUUCUUUAAUUCUCCACCUCUGAACAUCAGGAAACUUUAUCGUGAGUAAGGUCAUUACUAUAUGCUGGUUCAUAUGUGACACACGCCUUCCUUUAUACUGCUAGGAUCAGCAAUGUCGAAAGAGUCUUUUACUUAGAACGAUGAAGAAAGAUUGCUAAAUUUGGGCUCAGUCGUCGAAUGAGGAAUGGUGUUACCAUUUUUCUCCAGCGUAGGAGAUAAGUAGAAAACGAAACAAAGACAAAAAUAUAAAUCUUUGGCGAGGACUCUAGUUCAGAUCUUCCACUUUCCGCGGUGGGAUACUUUACCAAAUGAGCUUCAAAGACCUCUUGGAUUAGCCAGGUCAUACAUCAUGAUAUGUGACCAACGUCGUAUUUCUGAUCAUAUCAGGCCGUGGGCCUAUCUCGCGCUACAAUUUUAACACGGUGUCUUAGGAUAAGUUGGUUACUAGUUUGAUGAAGCGUGACAAGGACAAGGGCCUGGUUCAUGUCGCUGAAAACUCGUCUGUUCAAGAAUUUUUUUUUUUUUUGGUAUGAAGUAAGAUACCAUUUUCCUUAUAGAUUCCAUCGAAUCGUUGGAAACAUUUAUUUUAUUGAACCUAGAAAAUGCCGCUUUUCGCUCGUCAAACGAAUCAAUUCUCCUCACGACUCGGCGCUGUUAGUACAACUUACUUUCUCUUUUCAGCAACAAGCACAUUACUCACAUAAUGUUUGCACUGCACAGUAAGUUAACAGAAGUAAGAGUCCUCCCUUUGUCCACUGUAAAUGAAUAAUGAAAUAAGUCAUAUUCUCCCCUCCUCUUUGCUUUGUGUGCAAAUUCUUUCCCACCGUUCUUUCGCUUAUCUUUCUCACCUAUCAGAUUGCUGAAUUUACUUCGCUUCUACACGGUUCUCAAUCACCCCCAAAGGUCGAUGAACCUCCCGUCUGAAAGACAGUAUUGGUCAAGGACUCCUUUAGUUUAGGGGCCCGGACUCUUGUCCAGCUUUUUACCCUGUCAUAUUAUCAUACAAUGGAAUAUCGCCUGAACCACUCAUUCAAUUUUUUUCAAUCUUUGUCCGAAACUUUCACCCACCUUUGCACAGGUUUCCUCUCCUCUCUAUCUCUCCAUUCUUCUUCUAUUUAGAAUCCGUCGUAAGAAGGUUGUAGUUUCUGUUAAUCCUCCGAGUACAGAAGAUGCUUCUUCAACAGAUCGUAGGUAUGCUUCAAAUAUUCUCACGGGUACAGGGUUAACUAAGCGACACGCCUAACCCCUGUUUUCCCGACUUUCUCAGUAAAGCCUCAAUGUCGUUGAAUUAUUAUGGGAUGACUGUGCUUCUUGUGCAUCCUUUUGUCAAAUGUUGUUCUUCUUGUCGUGUUAUUCUUCAAUGUUAAUUCCACGUACAAUUCAUCCUUCUCAGCUGAAUUCUUUCUUUCUUUUUUCUUUUUUUUCUUUUUUGACCACACAGUAGAAAUCCAUAGUUUGAUUUGAAUCGCUUCGCCCGUCACUUUUCCCGAGCUUUUUUCCAUGUUAUCUCCUUUUUGGAAUCUCACUUCCUCACUGAAUCAUUCUAUUACACCAUGAAAGAUUAACAAUAUUAUGUAUUUAUUUCUUUGUUCAUUCAUUGUCCUAACUACUCAACAUUCGAUUUCGUUUUUCACUCUUUGUUAGGCUCUACGUUUUAACAAUUUUUUUUUACCAUUUCCUGCUAGUUUUACGUGUUUUUUUGUCGGGUUGUGAAAUUGUGCUAUUUGUGCGAAUAAGAUGGAUAUUCUUUGUUACAUGUAACAAUCCUGCUCGAUCAUUUGUUCUUUUGUAUUUUAGAGACCACUUCACAAUUGAGUGUCAAACGCUUAACUUCGUUAAAAUUGUUUCAGUUUUGAUAUUCGCUCAGUGAUUGGUUAAGAAAGUUGGCGUCGACGGGUCUUGGUUAUUCUCGUUUUCCCCCGCUUCAGGCAGUUUACUAGUUUUAAAUUUUAACUCACAUCAGCUGCUGGUGAAUUUUGGCUCUCCUCUGAUUGGCUGUUGUGGUUGUCACGUACUUUUCCUUAUUAUCAGAGCAGUUUUCAAUGGAAUAUCGAAAGUGACCCUUCACUUCGCCCUGUCAGCGGUCUCGAAAACUAGCGCCAUCAUCUCAACCAAUCAAAUGCAAAACUAAACUCAAUCCCAGCUUGGUCACGCGCGUUUUCCUGCGCUUCAAGGAAGGUGCAUGUUUUUACUUUGAGUUCUGAUUGGUUGAUGAUGAUGUUAAGCUUUGUUCUGAUUCGUAGUUUUGAUUAUUUAGGUUUUGUUUUUUGGUACUUGGUUGUUAAAACUGUUUUGAUACGCCGUCAUUCUUUACAGGAGACGAGUCCGUGGCAAGAGGCGCCAUCGUUACGCCGUUCUUGAUGAGGACGAGGAGGAUAAACUCGAGAGCAUGGAGAUGCUUCCCAAAGGAGGUGAGAGACGUUGGAGAUUCGUUUUCUUGCUGCUUGAAUUUUAAUGAAGUUGCACCUCGGAAUUUAUAAGCUGUGUCGGAGGUUUCUCGAAGGGAGGGAUAUAAGUUAUGUCCUUGUUUAUAAGGGAUGGUUAAAGAUCUGGGCUCAUUUUUAUAACGGACGGAUAAAUCGUUAUCCAGCGGAUAAGUGAUGGCAAAACUUAGAGCGUUAUCCGCCGGAUAGAGGUUUAUCCUGUGGAUAACGUUAUGCGACGUUCGAACAACUGGGGCUUGAUAAAAAGGAACAUCGUACAUGAUAAAAAAGAAGUGAUAAAAGAAAACAAAAACCCAAAAAACAAUAGAAUAGUGCCGGAUUCAAUACAAGCAUUCGUGUAAAUAAUGCCGGUCUUGUGGCGUUGGCUAGAUAGAUAAAUUGUGUAGGAACGCUCUUCAUUUAGUAAGGCAUUCUAGCCUGGUUACCAUUUAAGCACAAAUCCUGCGAAAUACGACGAUUCCUGCCCUUUCUCCCGCCCAAAGUCUUCCCACUCAAAGUCUUCCCGCCAAAAGUUUUCCCGCCCAAAGUUUUCCCGCUCAAAGUUUUCACGCCCAAAGUUUUCACGCCCAAAGUUUUCACGCCCAAAGUUUUCACGCCCAAAGUUUUCACGCCCAAAGUUUUCCCGCCUAAAGUUUUCAGGCCUAAAGUUUUCCCAAUUUUGGCCCUGGUUGUACACAUUCGGCCGCCUUCUUUCCCGCCCAUACCAAUGAUUGGUCUGCGGAAUAUUUGCGAUCGCGAAGAUAAAAUUAAGACUUCAUUUCCUUUCGGUUUAUUUAUUCACUUUUCCCUUUAUUUUAUUUAAUUGUUUUCUUUUUUAACGAAAUUUUUGUUCGAUUCGAUGUUCUUAUUUCAGGUAAAUAUUUAAGUACCAGUCUGAUGCUGAGUGACACCGGGGAUGAUAGCGACGCAGAAUCAACUGUUUUCGAAGCUAAGAAACGACACAUGAACGGCUCGAUGAAUGGCUAUAUAAGGAAAGACACGUGAUGCAAAGCACUUACAAGUAACAUACAAACCAUCGAUAGCUCUUUUGGCUACUGGUUCAUCCCAGUACCUCGUGUAAGAAGGAGCUUAAGGAACUUAUAGGUCAAUGUAGCCUAGUGUCCAGGGACUCACGAGGAGUUUAGCCGAAGGAAAGUGACUCAGAACGAAAACGUGGCUUCUAUUUAAUGCCACAAUCUUGAGUGACGAUUACGCACCGACUUCUGGUUUGUUCGCUCGUGGAGGCAAUAGCAUUUUUCUGCACAAAUUUUUGUCGAGUCGCGAAAAAAAACUUGUUGCAGUGUUUCAGAUUUGGUCGAUGCGAUAUGAUAACAAGAUAGAGAUAUACGGCUCCAUUCUUAAAAGAAUGCAAAGCAUAUAAAUUGGAGAUUUUGGAUGGUUUAAGUGUUUUAAAUCGUUAACACUGCAACUUGGUUGAGAUGGCAAUGAAAAUAUAACUGUCGAAGAAUGAUGGCUCCCCCGGAUGAGAAUUUGAAUAAGAUAAUUGAAAGUUAUGAAAAAUUAUCUAUAGUUAAAUAUUACUUUUAUAAAUUCAAGAAGUGAAUAGGAUACAACUAAUAUAAAUACACAGUUUACAUACGAAAAUUAAUAGCGAGCUAUUUCGCUGAAUCUAAAACCAAAUACAGUCAUAAAUUAUUAGCGAUUACUUGUGCUCCAUGCUUAAGUGAAAGUUCACAUAUUUCAAAGUAAAAGAUUCCGCAUGUCAAAAAACGUUAUCGAUGUGCAUUUCAUUAGCAAAGUUAAGAGGCUUUGGUAGAACACUUUUGCGCUGUGUUAUUUAGCGCUAUAUAGCUGGAAAAACCAUGUCGCUAACACAGUUUUAGCACUGCGCAACGGAGCAUAGAAUUAGGUAGAAUGUCCUAGAAGUAAUUUAUAUUGUGGGGCAAAGCUCGUAAUUUACGUAAAAUCUAAGUAAAGAAUUGAUUGCACAUGGGUUUUCUUGUUAAUCACUGAUCUGUAACUUCUCUUUGAAGAUCGUGAUUUUGAUGUUGCAGACGGGUUUUUGCAGUGUACUUCUCAGAAUUGAUAUAUGUGUCAAGAUCUCAAUUCGUUACCUUGUAGACAUGCUUAGUGAUAGACAGAUCUGUUCAAGUUACAAGAAAAUGGAUAACAAUUAAAUACGCGGAUGGCAAAUCAUAUUUGUAAAGGUCAAUAGUCAAGAAAAUACAACGGAGUUGACGUUGAAAGAGCCUCUGCGAAGCAAUAUAUCAAGGAAUUUUCCGCAAAAAGAUUUUUUCACUUAUUUGUUACCAUUUCAGUUUUCCACGAGUGCACAAUCAAAAUUCCCGACUAGAGAGUAAAUAGGAACACUCAACAGUUCGUCUCCAUUUUCAUUCGUUUGGAAUAUGGCGAUGUUUGAUUUUCUUAUAGAUAUAGUAUG